CAGUUCGCCUUUGAAAAUGGCGGCCGAGUGGACACGGGAGUGGAGCGAUGAGCAGCUAAAAAGUGAUGAUUUGCCCAAAAAAGACAUAAUAAAGUUCAUCCAGGACAAUGCAGCACACUCGUUUCUCAGUGAGCACAAGCUGCUGGGAAAUAUAAAAAAUGUGGCCAAAACCGCAAAGAAAGACCAGCUGAUCGUUGCUUACAAUCAGCUCUUUGAGAGCAAAAGGUUUAAAGGCACAGAACCAGAGGAGGAGGUGACCGAGCAGAUUAAAGCUGUGAAGAUUGAGGAAAAGCCCAAAGACGUCAAGGCAGAAGUUGUAGAUGAGGGUCCUCCAAAGUACACCAAAUCAGUCCUAAAGAAAGGAGACAAGACCAACUUCCCAAAGAAGGGUGAAACUGUGAGCUGCUGGUACACUGGGACUCUGGAAGAUGGAACAGUUUUUGACACAAAUAUACCCACAACUGCAAGAAAGAAGAAGCAGUCUAAACCUCUGAGCUUCAAAGUUGGAUUGGGCAGAGUCAUUAGAGGAUGGGACGAGGCCGUCCUGACAAUGAGCAAGGGGGAAACGGCUCGAGUGGAGAUUGAUCCUGAGUGGGCUUAUGGAAAGAAGGGCCUCCCUGAGUCCAAAAUUCCACCAAAUGCAAAGCUGAUCUUUGAAGUUGAGCUGGUGUCUGUGGAUUAAAUCUUUUGCCUGCAUGUUCAGUAUUUCUAGAAUUUCCCCCUGAAGACUUUAGUUUUGGACUGCACUAAACGCAGCUCUGACGUCUGCUUUGUCUCAGGUUUAAUUUACCUAUAACCAAUUUUCAGUUUUAAGUUCGGACCGAUAAGAUUGCUUGUACAUAUGAGACCAUGAAACUUUUUGUUUUUUUGCAUGUACAAUUUAAAUAACCAAUAAA